AUGGCUCUCCCCUCAACAUAUGCCGGUACAGCUCUGGCUGGUGCUUUUUCACAUGUUGCCUAUUUCAACAGAGGAGAGCACCAUCUCUAUGCUCCGCUCUACGUCAAGCUCUUCUUCACCACUCUUGGUGGGGCCACUACCGCUCUUUCAUAUAUCCAAGAAGUCGCAUGGACUACAGCUUUGAGCACGGCUUCAAAGCUAAUUGGGAGCUACCUCUUGGGCGUAUACGGAAGCCUUCUUGUGUAUCGUCUCCUUUUGCACCCUCUGAAUAAAUUCCCAGGCCCAUUUAAUGCUCGCUUCUCAUCCCUCUGGCUUGCGUUGCAAAUCCGGAACAAUCUCCAUGUCAAGUUGGUUGAGCUACACCAGAAGCAUGGCUCUUUCGUACGCAUAGGAUCCUCUGAUCUAUCCGUCCUCUCCCCGAGAGCGAUCGAGAUCGUUUACGGGCCCAACUCUCGGUGCAUCAAGGGGCCAACUUAUGACAUGACAUGGCCAUCAGUCUCACUGUAG